AUGGAGAUCCGACCUGAUGACGUCAUGAUUUGCUCAUUUCCCAGAUCAGGUCUCCAUUGGCACCGUGAAAUCGUCGCCAUGUUGAUGCACAAAACAGCAACGCUUACCGCCGAGACAGAGAAAAGACUGCACUUUCUAGACGGGAAGCCAAUGCACACUUUACACAGCAUGCCUUCACCGAGGCUUAUAGUAACCCAUGUACCGUUUAGGUAUCUGCCCAAGCAAGCCUUAGAGAAGAAAAUAAAAAUAAUUCGAUUGGACAGAAACCCCAAGGAUGUAUUGGUCUCAUUUUACAACCUACAUCGGAAAACCGCCAAGCCAUUGUAUUACCCUGGGACUUUUGAGCACUUUGUUCGUCUCAACUUGGAGGCUGGGUCUUUGUACAGUGAUUUGUUUAUUACAGAUUUGUACGGAGAUUUGUUCACUUAUAUGAUGGAUUGGCAAGAGGGUAUUGAAGCUCAACCAGAAGUUCCAUUCUAUACAUCAGUAUACGAAGAAAUGAAAUUAGAUGAAAAAGAUGGCGUGAAGAAGUUGAAUGAGUUUCUAGGCACGGGUUGUAGCGAGGAGCUGUGUGAGAAGAUAGCAGAGGCCUGUAGCUUUGAUAGCCUCAAACCCUUCAAAAAAUCUACCGCGUCAGCUAAUGUCAAUGGUUAUUUCCGCAAUAGAGAACCCGACUUCCUCAGAAAAGGUGAUGUGGGUGACUGGCAGAACUGGUUUUCCGAGUCGUUAAACGAAGAAUUCGAUAGAGAAUACAAGAAGCACAUGUCGGGCUACAGAAGGGUUUACAGAUAUACUUUAGAGUGA